AUGUCUUUCGGGUUGGACAAGUGUGCAGUAACUCAUCUCCUGAAAGGAAGGUUACAGGGCCUGGUGCAGGAAAUGGAGCUUAUUGAUGGAAGCAUAAUAAGUGCCCUGAGAGCUGGAGAGUCAUACCAGUAUCUGGGAUUUGAUCAGAAUCAAGCUCAGGAUACUGUAAAAAUAAAGAUGGCUCUCUGCAGUGAGUAUAAGAGGAGACUCAGGAGGCUCUGGUCAUCUGAGUUAUCUGGCAAGAAUAAAGUUGAAGCCACCAACAUGCUCGCUGUGCCGGUUCUCACCUACUCUUUUGGAGUGGUUAAGUGGAAUCUGAAUGAGCUCCAGGACCUGGACAGGGAAACCCGAAAAAGGAUGCACAUGGAGAGAAGUUUACAUCCCCGCUCUUCUGUUGCCCGAAUAUACCUGCCAAGGCAUGAAAGGGGCAGAGGUCUACUUGGUUUGGAGAAUCUGCACAACAGGGUGGCCUUACAGUUUGCCUGCAGCAUACAAAGAUGCUCUGAUCCCCUUAUGCAGCUGGUUCAUGACCAUGAAGUUGCAGGGGUUGGGACCUUCCUAUAUAAGGCAGCACAGCAUGCGGCAGAUACCCUUGGUCUCGAUUUUCGCACUGAUCGGGAGGAGGAGCAUGAGCCUAAUCAGCUCAGGGCUGGAAUAAAGACUGCUGAGUUCAGAUUCCUGUUGCAGCAACAUAAGGACAAGUCCUUGCAUGGUGUUUUCUACAGGCAUGUUGAGGAGCAAGGCUUGUCCAAGCCACUGACUUUUGCUUUUCUGAAGUCAGCAGCCCUGAAAUCUGAGACUGAGGGUUUCAUACUGGCAUGUCAAGAUGGUGUCAUCAACACAUUGUCAUACCGCAGCAGAGUAAUGCACAUGGAUGUUCCUGAUAUCAGUUGCAGGGUGUGUCAGAGAGCACCAGAGACGAUCAUGCGCAUCCUGUCUUCUUGUUCUGUGCAUGCAACUGCAGGCUACAUCCAUCGACAUAAUGCUGCUCUGCGAGUGCUCUGUUACCAUCUUAGACACUCAUAUGGUAUCAACAAAACACCAGUGCUGCCUUAUGCCCCAGGGGAGAUUGGAUCUGUUGUGGGAAAUGAGAGGUGCCGAAUUUAUUGGAAUUACUCAUUCUCUACCACCAGGCUUUUAAGAGCCACAAAGCCUGAUGUUGUCCUCCUUGACAUCACUUCGAAGACAAUGUAUGUCAUUGAGUUUUCAGCACCAGCUGAGGGUAACAUUGUCACCAAAGAGGAGGAAAAACAGACGAAAUAUCAUGACCUACUAAUGGAGCUGCGCAGGCUAAACCCAGGCUACUCUGUGAGAAUGGUGGUGUUGAUUGUAGGUGUACUGGGAGGCAUGAGACCUUCAUUUUUGGCCAACCUUAGAACAAUUCCAGCCUGUUAG